UUUAUCAACAUCAGCUCAUCAUGGCAACGCUCAGUAUCUCGCGCGCGAUGCGCUUUACAAAUCAAUCUGGUAGUAAUGUCGAGCCUUUAUUGCCAUUCCUUUUCCCUCCUUUCGGCUGCGGCGGGCAGCCAAUUCGAAUCAGCUCUCACCCUUUCUCAACAUCAAGCUCCAAAGCCUAUCCCCGACCCCGUCGCACUCGAGAGAACAACAAACUGCGAGGCAUGUCUGCGCUACGGUCUACUGGGCUCAAUGGGAAGAGGCUAUCUGUGGAGAAGGAGCUUCGAGGGAUUUUGCCUGUUCCCGUGGAACCUAAGAAAGAUCGAUAUCUGAAGCAUAAUAUAAACGAGGAAGGAGUCAAUCCUAACCAUCCGCUCUGGGGAUUCUUCAACCCAGCCAAGACAUUCUCGGCCAAACCCCAUGAAGAUCAUGCUCAUGGGAAUCCAUGGCACCCGGAUCAGCUCCGUAUCAAAUCAUUUGACGAUAUGCACAAGAUAUGGUGGAUGUGCGUGAAAGACUUGAAUCGUAUGGCAACCGAAGAAGGCGAGAGACUACGUCUCAAUCUCCAAUUCGGUGACAAGGAGAUGCGUGAAAGACAAAUCCACGUGAGGAGAACCAUGUCGAACAUCAAGCAAGUACUACGAGAGCGACAUUAUUCGUGGUUAGAGGCGAAGGAACUCGUACGACAAAACCCAGCACUAGGAGUACCUGAUAAACGUAUGUAUGAGGAUGAGGACGAGAAUGAUUACUGGGAAGACGAAGCGGAAGAGAACGGAGCCGUUACCGACGAACAAAACAUGAACAAUAAUACCACGAAGACUCAGCAGCAGCAGGCCUAAACGCAUAUAUAACUGUCUGUAGAGAAGUUGCCAAGGCCAACCGACAUGUAUCCAUAAACACGAUUCCGACGUUACGUUGGCACUGUAUAUUAUUUUGUCUCCGGAAGAUGAACAAUCUAGUAGAUGUAUGGAAACAGUAAGAUAGUCUCCGUCACCGGAAAUGCACUCAAACAUAUUCAACAC